UACCGUGAAGUGACUUGAUAUAGAUAAUAAUAGUUAAUAACGCGAAAACGAAUAAAGAAAUAGUAUCCAGUCAUUGUGAAGAAAUGAUAGGUGGUCUACUAUUAUUGGAAGGAGUUAAUUAAAAAUUAGUGGAUAUCCAUCAGUUGUAAAGAAUUUGAGUAAGAUGCCCAACACUCAACAGAAGGCUUUGAGGAAAGUUAGCAUCAAUGAAGAUAUAGGUCACGAUAACCUGGGCUUUGAAAAUCAUCAUUUUCGGAAAAUCUCUUCGAUUUCCCAUGGUACCCCCGAAGAAAGAAUCAGGAAAAAAAAUAUCAUACAUGAAUCGAACGGUCCGAAUAGUUCAUCGAAUUUAAAUGACAACAGAGAUUCGAAAAUUCACAAAGUGUCAGUAACAAAUUCAGUAUUUUCAAGGACGGAUACUAUUAAGGAAGAAGAUGAAGAUGGCGACAAGGGUUGGUUCUACAACUUUUGCCUCAAAUGCCACACCAAAGAUGACGUACCUUCGUGGGAGCCAAACUUCUGGCCCAAAUUAUGUCCCCAUCCGUACUUCCUCAGAUACCGCAAGUUUUCCAGGAUCGUUUCUCUAACCCUAAUAUGCGUACUGGCUUAUAUCAUACUCUACGCCAUCGUCGGCGAUAUUGCUGCACCCCCAGAUGGCAUGUUGUACCAGCUGAUUUUGCUGACAAUUUGCUCAUAUUUUGGGGGUUGGUUGAUGAGCCUGACCACUUUUCCUCCGCUGGUCGGGAUGUUGUUUACUGGCAUGCUUCUUCAAAACGUCAACAUAGUGGAUAUUGACGAAGAUUUUGCUGAGAUUAAAAGCGAAGUCGGCCACCUUGCACUAGUGAUUAUCCUUACCCGAGCAGGGUUAGAUGUAGACCCUGUGGCUUUAAAAAGACUGACCAUCCCUGUGCUUAAGUUGUCCCUGAUACCAUUUACCGUGGAAAUGUGUUCCAUAAUGGUUUUAUCGAAAUUUUUCCUAGAUCUAUCGUGGACCUACGCACUACUUCUAGGUUCCAUAAUAGCCGCCGUUUCCCCGGCAGUGGUGGUGCCGUGCCUUAUGAGACUUCGCGAAAAGAGCUACGGCGUUGCCAAAGGUAUCCCCACCUUAAUCAUCGCCGUUGCCAGCAUAGACGAUGCCGCUUCUGUGGCUGUUUUCGGGGUGAUUAAGAGCAUACUUUUCUCCGAUGCUUCAUUUGCUACCAACAUCAUUUUCGGAUUGUUGUCAAUUGCAGGAGGAAUCGCUUUCGGAGUGGCAUGGGGCGUGAUAUGUAACUACUUCCCGGAAAGGCACGAUCCCUUCAUGGCCCCCUUGAGGAUCCUCCUCCUACUAGCCGGCGGAACUGCAUCAGUUCUGGGCAGCGAACUCAUAGGCUACGGCGGCGCCGGACCCCUCGCUUGCGUCACAGCAGCCUUCGUGGCCAUAGCGUUCUGGUCCAGGCAGAACUGGGAGGUGGACGAGAACCCCGCGGCGACGGCCUUUGAAAUCUUCUGGCUCGUGAUCCAGCCCAUCCUGUUCGGCAUCACCGGCUCCAGGAUCAAGUUCAACGAGCUGGACAUGAGUGUGGUGGGAGCGAGUGUGGGUAUUAUAGUAGCCUCCGUGUGUUUGAAAAUUCUGUCUACGGUGUUAGCAGGUUUUGGGUGCAACUUGAACUUGAAAGAGAAGGUGUUCGUUUCCAUACCUUGGAUGUGUAAAGCUAUCGUUCAGGCUGCACUGGGUCCAAUUGCUUUGGAGUACGUGGAACCAGGCACCGAAGAAUACACCUACGCGGAAAAAAUUGUAACCACCUGUAUCUUAUCCAUUGUGGUGACCGCACCUAUAGGGGCUCUACUGACGACGUUCCUAGGACCUCACCUACUGACUAAGGCCAAGAUGCCUCCUCUAGCAGAAGUGAGAAAGCGAAAGAAGAGUCGCUUGUCUAUCAGGGACCUCAGCAUUGCCGAUGACAGUGAAUUUUCUCAGGCCUAUGAGCGUCACGUGAACCAUGGACUAAAUGAAUCUAACAAAAAUGAUAUUCAUGUUUAAUGUCAGUACGUGAGGAUGUUAAGUGAAGUUUCGCAGGUUGUGUGAUGUUUGGUGAAGCGAAUUUGAAGGAUGAUUUACAAUACUUAAAAGUUUUUAGGAAAUAAAAGUAAAUAAGAAUGUGUGUAAUAUAUUUUUAAGCCACAAAGAAUGUUUGUCAAGACCUGGAAUUAUUUAAUGUAUUGAAAAUUUCAAUAAAUAGAUAUAAAUA